ACAAGGUUGCCACGCAGUACAAUGCCAGCUGAGUUUUAGUUUUCAUUAUUAAUCGCAUAAUAGAGAAUGUCUAAAUUUCUGUCUCAAUUAGCUGCUAAAACCCUUCGCAAUACUCGCCUUGGCUCGCGGCAUCUGAUGCGACAUUUUGCGAGUGUUGCGUCCAUGCGUAACAAUCUGGAACCAGCGCAACUGAGUCCGGGAUAUGGGCAUAGUCAAGGACGUGGACUUUUGCAGAUGCAACUGGCGACGGCUGAUAAAAGGUUCAUGUUCAUCCAGACCCAGGACACUCCAAAUCCUGACAGCCUAAAGUUUUUGCCCGGCGUUGAAGUCCUUGGAAAGGGAAACACCUACGACUUUCCAAACGGAACCACAGCCCACAACAGUCCUUUGGCAAAACUUUUGUUUCGUGUGGAAGGCGUGCGAGGCGUGUUUUUUGGCGCCGACUUCGUCACUAUCUCAAAGCAGGACGGCGCUCAGUGGAGCCUGAUUAAGCCUGAGGUGUUUGCCAUCAUAAUGGACUUUUUUGCCAGUGGCUUGCCCGUUCUUCUCGACGACAAACCUAAUGUGAACAACGAGAUCCUCGAGGACGACGACGAAACGGUAUUGAUGAUCAAAGAGCUUUUAGACACACGUAUUCGACCCACCGUACAGGAGGAUGGAGGCGACAUCGUUUUUAUGGGCUACGAGGCCGGCGUCGUCAAACUUAAAAUGCAGGGUUCCUGCUCGUCUUGCCCCAGCUCCAUCGUGACCCUAAAAAAUGGAGUUCAGAAUAUGCUGCAGUUUUACAUACCGGAAGUGGAAUCCGUGGAGCAGGUCUUUGAUGAUAUGGAUAGAAUGGCUGAUAGCGAGUUCGAGCGCUUUGAGAAGAACCUCAAGACGCUCAAGCAACAGGAGCCGACUGGAGGCGGUUCUAAUUAGGGGAACACAUAAUGCUGUAUGUCAGCGUUGCUAAUUUUUUAGUGAAACCAAUAAUUGUAUACAUAAUGUGCAUGUAGUUGUUUCAUUUAAUAAAUCUAUGGUUUUGAGCUUUA